CUCGGCUCGUCCCAUCUGCCGGAGCCGUCCUCUUCAUCGCGGCCUCCAGCAUCCGCCCUCAUCCCCAGACAAUGAGCUGUGGAGGAGAGCAGGUUCUCUUUCCCUAUUCAUGAUAAAGAAUUCUUGAAAAGCUGAAGCUCCAAACUGCAUGGAAACAAGGGGGACAGAAGAAAUAUGAGGAAAUGAAGAAGCGUGGAAGGAAUGUGAGAAGAAAAAGAUUGUGCCUUGCUGUCUGUAGUCUCCCAUCUGUGAAACAGGCAUAACAAGACUGAGACAUCUUCGAAGAGAAAAUGUCAGGGUCUGAUUCCGUGUGCUUCAUAAAGGGAAAAAUAAAGGUCUGCACAGGGGGACCCUUCCAUCCUGCAGGUGGAUGACUUCACCAAGAUCCAUCUUCUGUGUCAAGUUAAGCACAUUGUUACAGCAAGAUGGCAGGUCAGUUUUGCUUACUGACAGGUGACAGGAGCAGCUUUAUCUCUGACCUAAGGACCUAAUUGAGUUAGAGAGGGAUGCAAAAGCGUAAAUUACAGCAGAAGUGUUUGCAAAACGUGGAGUUCACAGGUUACAAGGCAUCAGUUCUGCAUGAGGAUCGCCCCAACAUUCUUUGCUAAGUUCCUCCCUUACACAUCGAACAUGAGUUUAUGCUGUGUACCUUUAUUCUGAAUGAGAGAUGCUCUGAACUGUUAGGAAAUGACCUUAAAUCAGAAUCACCAUUUUCUCUUUGACCUAGUGAAGGUCUGAGCCAGUUUGUUCUGCUGUACAACCUGAAGGACGUUCCUAAUGCCAUCGCAGAAAGUAACUGCCCUGCUCAUUAAAACAGGAAACAAACCACCUUCAUUUCUGAGACCAGAUUCCUUGCAGCCACAGAUUAAGCUCCUUGGUUAAAAGAUAAAUGAGUCAUAUUGAAGUAAUGUUAAUGUCCUUGCUCUAAGGGCUGAGAAGGCUUCCAGGUACAGCUGCUGUUCCUUGCCUUUGGUCCCCCCUUGCUGCCCUUCUGCUGCCUCUUUAGGAAUCACAGAGUGCACGGCAGUCAGUUGGGUGCCUGCCACCCCUCACCUGCAUUUCUGGGGGUAUCACUGUGAUGUGAUUUCCCGUCUGCCGGAAUAUGCAGCAAAUAUGCAAACAGGCUCUCAGCUUUUUUUAGCUCACAAAAGCAAGGGAGUCCUUUGAAAGGUCCUCGGUUUUACCCAAUCAUCGCUCCCUCCCUCGCAUCGUGCAGCAUUAUCAUUCUCUGGCAGUGUAAAUCCUCACAUAUGCCUGCCUCCCUCUUGCCUUCAGCCUCUCCCUCCCUCCCCCUCCCCACCGUGCUGCCAUCGGAUCUGUGAUGAUAUGUGAUCUCCUGGAUACAAUCACACACACACACACAAGUACCAGGCACCGCUGCUCAGCUCAGCAAAAUGUCUUUCUCAUAGGAGUGGUGCUCAUCACAGCUUCCGAAUCCUUGACGAUGUGGCCAUGCUUUCCUCUCUGCCUUCUACCUUUUGCUCUCUUUGUCUGCCUGCUCUUUAUACCUGCGGGUCAUCUUUGCCCUGCUGUCUGUAGCUGUAUGGACUACCACACCAUAGACUGCCGGGAUCAAGGACUCCCCAGUGUUCCCAAUCCGUUUCCAUUGGAUGUACGGAAACUUCUUAUAGCUGAUAACAACAUCCAGGCGAUACCAGCUGAUUUCUUUAUAUUUUAUGGAGACCUGGUCUACUUGGACUUCAGGAAUAACUCCCUCACCUCUUUAGAAGAGGGCACUUUUAGCAGUUCUACCAAACUGGUGUAUUUAGACUUAAGCUACAACAAUUUAACACAGCUCGAAGCCGGGAUAUUCAAAUCGGCAGAAAAACUGAUAAAACUCAGCUUGGGAAACAAUAACCUGGUGGAUGUGGACGAAGCUGCCUUUGAGAACCUGGAACAGCUUCAAGUGUUAGAACUGAAUGACAAUAACUUACAGAGCCUCAACGUGGCAGCCCUUGAAGCUCUUCCCUCCCUGCGGACCAUCCGGCUGGAGGGCAACCCGUGGGUCUGUGACUGUGACUUUGCCAAUCUUUUCAGCUGGAUCCAGGACAAUGCCUCUAAGCUUCAGAAAGGUCUCCAUGAAAUCCAGUGUUCCCUGCCUGUAGAAAAUAGAAGAAUCUUUCUGAAUGAAUUAUCUGAGGUCAGCUUUAGUGAAUGCAAAUUUAGUUUGUCAUUGACGGACCUUUUUAUCAUCAUCUUCUCUGGAGUCGCAGUCUCCAUUGCUGCAAUUCUAUCAAGCUUCUUCCUAGCAACUCUAGUGCACUGCUUCCAAAGAUGUGCUCCCAGUAAAGAUGACGAUGAUGAUGAAGACGACAGUGAGGACUGAACUUAGUCUGUGUACUUAAAUUUCCUUGGUUUAUAAACUAAUGGUAGAUCAGCAGCCAAAGUCUAGGAAGAAAACCAGACUACAAGUUUUAGACAUGAUUAGAUUAAACCAAUGUAUUAAGGUUCCACACUAAUUUCAUGAAGGUCACAGGUAGGAAUCAACAGUUUGCAGCUGAGACUGUUAGUUUUACUUGCAUAUAUAACCUGAUGCAAUGAGAGCAGAUUAAUUUCUGUCAUCGUUAAGUCAAACGUUGCAUUUAAGUUUGAAGGCCAGAAGGAAAAGGGAGAAAGGAGAAAGAAAUAAAAACAUUGCAGUGUUUUAAAAGACCAUCAGCUUCCACACCGUCCUUCUGAUCAGAUGCAGGUCCUGUAAGCACUUAGUAGCUUGUUUUAAAUGUGCACUUGGAAAAGGGCUGGAUAGGGGGAGGCAGCUCAGCUGGGAAUCGAGAUGCAAUUUAAGAAUGUCUUUCCUGCAUUGAAUUAAUGGGAGAUUCUAGCAAGCUCACACAACUUUCUGAGUAACAAAACACAGUGGAAAGCAUAGGAAGGUUGGCGCUUUCUCUCCACGAGUCUUCUCUCUAAACACUCAUCCUUCUUUUAAUGACUGACAGCAGUUGCAGACAUUCAGCCAAAAUUUCCUUUUCUACAGGCAAAAUGUGGUUGUGGAUCUGAAUCUCUGAGUCAUCCAUUGCAGCUGCCUGACACCUCCUUGGCUAUGGCAAAGAUACGAACUGCAGCCUUCCUCUGCAUUUUCAGUUGCAAUGGAAUAAAGGAAUUCCCUUCUGUGUAACGCUAGGCACAAGUAAUUGUUGCAGUGUUCAGCCUGCUUAGUUAUUUUAAAACACUAAGGGCUAUAUUCUGCUUCUGGUUAUGCUGGAUUAAACCAGAUGAAUUGAACACCAUGAUUCUAACUGCAUAAACAAGAGUGGAAUCUGGCCCAAGUUAUUUCUGACUGUGCUAUAGAUUUGUCAGAACUUGAGCUCUACUAUAUAACAGUAGUUAUUUUUGUUAAAACAAAUUAAAAAAUGACAUUUAUUACAAGGGAUUUUUGGAAUAGUGCCGGGCAGCUUUUUAGGAUAAGUAUAUUUUUAAAAUAUUUGUAAUGGAAAUAUUUUUUUAAAGCUCAGUGUAUUUCAAAUAUUAUCUAGAAUAGCUGGGAGGGCUUAAAGGUAAGAAAUAGCAUAGGGAUAAACAAUCUAAGGACCGUGUGCUAUUAUAAAAGAGCUGAUUAGCGUAGCAUCUAUUAAACUACUGCAAACACUAUAGUAGUUCUUAAAGAAACCCACUCCAGUUAUAACAUUGCCUAGCUCAGUUAAUGUAAGUCUUUUAUGGACACUUGGUUCCAGAUCUCUUGUAUCAGCUUUGCUGAUUGCCCCAGCAGACAGGAGCACAUUGCACUGUGUGUUGAGGAGCAGCGUGGUCCAAUGGUGCAGGGUUAGGGCUUGGGGCACCUGGCUGUGGUUCCUGAUCCUAAAAGACUUUCAGCAAAUCCCUCUUUCUGUCUGUGCCUCCAUUUUCCCACCUAUAAAAUGAAGAUCGUAGUAACCGUUCAUCAUUUUAAAGUGCUUUGAGAUGUGCAACAAGGGGGCACUCUAUUGGGGCUAUGUAGAUCAGGCUCAAACAGAAGCUAUGGAAUAGAUCUAAUGGGAUCCUACAUCAGUAUGGCUUUGCUGGCAUCACAGGAGUUACUUCAUUGGCUUAUGGUGUUUGCAAUGGGAACACAAGGGAGAGUUUACUUCUGUUAGCUCUACAGCUUAUUCAAUGUGACUUAAUGCUGCCAUUGUUAACAUUAUUACUUCUAAAAUCACAUUGAAACAGAAUGAAGUGGGGCAGCGAGAGGAUGUUCUGUAUCAAUACUGUCUUCUAUUAUUCUUUCGAGACGAAUGCAAUGACAUGAUUUUCACUGUGUAGUGCCAUGUUUAAAAACAACACAAAUAUAUUUAUAAUUUCAA